AGAGAGAGAGAGAGAGCGCGGAGUUGGGAGGAGGCUCGCUCACGAGAGCAAUCCGUGUAUUUGUGUGUCUUAUAGGCCAGGGAUGUGAGCGAAGGGCGACAAUAAUGGGGAAUAACCGGGACCCCGGUGCUCUGGAGUGGACACAGCGACUGGACGGUGACCAUCAAGGGGGUUAACGCGCGGAUCAGCCAUCCCGAGAGGGUUUUACACUGAUUUGGCCGGGCUUGAUGGAUUAUAUUGGGCUCAGUGAUCAAUUGAUUGCCGCCGGAGACCAGAUAAAGCGCGCAUAAUCAUCGCACUGGAUACGAUUUAUCCAUUUCCAUGGCGUUCUCACCCACCCAGAGCCAAGCAGGUCACCUGGACCCAGGACUAAAGCGGGCUCACCGGGUCUAAAGCGCUCGAUCUGUCGUGAUUGAGGCGAUGUCCGCGUCCUGCCUCGAUCUGCGCAGCGCGAUUUCAGCACCACCGCAGCUGGACAGCGACCGCAUGGACCGAGCGCUCGAUCCCAGCCGCCAGAACUCGCCAGACUCCGCCGCGGAAAGCCGGACCCACACGCUGCUACACACCGCGCCGGGGGGGCUCGGCACGGCUCUGGAGGAGGAGCUGGCCGUGCUCACCCGCGAGCGGGAGGAGGACCUGGAGGUAUCCGCCUCGGAGACGCCUGCGAGCGGACAGGACUCUGACCUACUGUCGCUCUUCCGGCAGAAGGAGAAGGACUUGGUCCUCGCUGCUAAACUGGGCAAAGCUCUACUUGAACGAAACCAAGACCUCACAAAGCAAUAUGACAAAAUGACCAAGGAUUUAAACGACAAACUGGAGCUCCUGGAGCAGGAGAAGCACGAGCUGCGGCGGCGAAUGGAGAGUCGCGAGGGCGAGUGGGAAGGCCGGGUGGCGGAGCUGGAGUCAGAUGUGCAACACCUGCAGGGGGAGCUGGAGAGACAUCAGGUGCAGCUGCGAGAGGCCGACCGCGACAAGAGCCGAGCCAUCAGCGAGCUGUCAGAACAAAACCAUCGCCUGCUGGAGCAGCUCAGCAGGGCCGCGGAGGUGGAGAAACAGUUGUCUACUCAGGUUCAUUCAUUACGGGAUGAUUUCAAAGAGAAAAGCAUCUCCACCAACCAGCACAUGACGCGCCUUGAGACCCUGCAGGCCGAGCAAGGGCUUGAAAUAAAGAUGUUGUCCGAGCGUAAGCAGGAACUGGAGCGGCGCAUGAACGGCAUGCUGGAGGAGAACGAGCAGCUUCGGCACACCGUGGACGAGCUCAGAGAACGAACGCUGCUGCUCGAGAAACAGUGUCACGAGAAGGACCUGCAGCUGCGGCAGAGCCAGCUGGAGCUGCAGGAAGUGCGCGCGUCUCACCGGCAGCUGAGCGCGCGUCUCGAGGAGCUGGCGGAGGAGCGCAGUCUGCAGGGCUUCAGCCCGAACCCGCGCAGCCUGCUCUGUGAGAUCGAGCAGAGCAUGGAGCAGGAGGAGCUGGAGCAGGAGAGGGAGCAGCUCCGGCUGCAGCUGUGGGAAGCUUACUGCCAGGUGCGCUCCAUCUGCUCCCAGCUGAGAGGAAAUGACAUCACAGACUCCGCCUUAUCCACCGAUUCGUCCAUGGACGAGUCUUCAGAGACGCUGUCGGCUAAAGACGUGCCCACCGGCAGCUUGCACGCCAGUCUCCUGGAGCUGCGCAGACUCACGCAAAACCUGCUGGACGGCAACGAAUCUACGGGCUCGCGGCGCAGUGACGAGGAGGUCCUGGAGGAGCAGGUGCGCAAACUGAGCGAGGAGCUGCGAGAGCUUAGGGAGCUGUACGAACAGGAGCAGGAAAAGACGCGCAGCGGUCAGGAGGAGGCGCUACAGCUGCAUAAUCAGGCGGCGCUGCUCUCGGUGGAAGUGUCUUCCUCAAGAGAGGAAAACGAGCGCUUGAGAGCGAUGGCAGAAGUGCGCGAGCCCAACGAACAGUUACAGAGCGCCAUACGAGACAGAGAUGAAGCCAUUGCCAAGAAGAAAGCCGUGGAGAUGGAGCUGGCGAAGUGUAAGAUAGACAUCAUGUCUUUGAACAGUCAGCUGUUGGAUGCGAUACAGCAGAAGCUGAACCUGUCUCAGCAGUUAGAAGCCUGGCAGGAUGAUAUGCACAGAGUUAUCGAUCAACAGCUGAUGGAUAAACACCAGGACGAGUGGAAGGAUCCUCCGUACUCCUUCAACGGGUCACGAGGAGGAGCUCCGUCCAGACGAGCGCACCGCCUCUCGGACGGAGACAAGCGCCUCUUUUCAUUCUUCAAGAAGAACUGAGACUAUCUGAAGACAUGGAGGAAGAGACGUGAGAGAAGGGUACAACAAACGACAAAGAAAGUCUAAAUCACCGCAUCGGUGGUCCUCAACCGGCUGUGCUCAUCAAAAACCAAAAUGAUUUAUUGCAAAGUAGCGCAACAUCUUUCAAAUCAAACACUGAAAUGCACGAAUUAAUCAGAUCAAAAUUGGAUUGAUGUAUUUGAAUUGCACAUAAAGCCUCCAUCCUUUUAACAAACUUAACGUGCUGCAUAUAUAUCAAACAUAAAUUAAACAGAUAAGAUUUCUGCAACCGGGUUUAUACAUUUAUUAUUAGUAAAUCAAAUUUGGUUUAAUAUUUUAACUAAUUAAAUAUAACUUGUUCCAAUAUUUUUUGAACCUAAACUAAUUUUUAAAUAAAUGCAUCCUAAAAAAUAUAAUAUUAAGUAAAAUCACAUACAUGCUAUGCUGCUUUAGGGAAGAAAUAUUUUUUUACAUUUAGUUUAUUCGCUUGCUUUAAUCAGUAUAAUCCAAAUCCAAAAUUAUGAACCUGCUGUGAUCAUUUAUGCAUCGCAUUAAGUGUAUUACUUCUUUAAAACGGUGCAAUCCGGAAAGAUGGAAAUUAUAUGCAAUUUAAGCAAAAAUAUGAAAUUUAAACUGAAAUAUUUUGCUAAUGCAAUAUUAAGGUAGCUACAAGGCAUUAUGCACUGUAUGAUUUCACGAUGCAUUAUAAUACUCAUCUAUUGUUUUUACACCUUAAUGCAUUACAAAAGCAACGCACGAACCUUCAAAUUUUAUAAUGCAUUUUAAUUUUGGUUGCAAUUUUACAGUUAGGUUGAGUUUCUGAAAACAUACAGUAGACUUUGAAUACCUUAAUAAAGGCUACCUAGGUUUUAUGUUGUCUGCGGCCAACGGGUUGAGAACCACCGCACCGGUAAAGCGAGUUCUCUGAUGGCUUUGAGCCGUUUUGCACUUUAUCUGUACCCACAAUCGUCCCUCAGAAAGCUUUAGGAGCAGAACGCAAAGGGUCUGUUCAACAGGGUUCCCAGAAUUCUCCAGUCCUAUCAGAGGUCCGUUUCCCCCGCGAGUGCCUCGGAAAGCUUCUCCUCACCUCACUGCCAGAGAUUCACGGAGGCACAAAUCACGGCAUUCGCUAGAGACUCAACUCAGGACCAACUGGACUUCAGGCGGUUUCAGGACAAAGCUUCAGCGUCGCCGUCGAGCUUCAGGCCCGUCUUCUGGGCCGGUUUUGGGGAUGAAAUACGAGAAUAUCGCAGCGUAACGCGAAUGUCAUGAAUCGGUCCGUUUGGGCCUGAAUUAUAGAUCUGAACGCUGCCACUUUAAAACCAGAAACAGCUAGUCGCUCUGCUCUUGGGUUCAUUCACAAAGGCAUUUUAUAGAUAAAAAAACUAAUGAAUAAAUCAAAUAAUGAAUGUAAUUAACAGAUAUUAUAUAAAAUGAACUUUCAGCAGCUGCUUAGAUUAAAAAAAAAAAAAAUGCAUAAAAGCGCGCAACAUAUACAAAUGACAACGCAACAGGAAAUUAGCAGCAUAAAUGCGUCGUGGCUGUUUUAUCAAACAUACCUGCUUGUUUUUUAGCACAUUUCUGGAGAAAACGUCCUUGACGGUGAACGCCAGGCAGUCAAUGAACCGAAGAGCAGAGCUGUAACUUAUAGAGCGCAUCGAAAAAAAAAGGUUUACACGCGUACGAACAGUAGAAAUCAGAGACAGGCGACACUCACCGUUAGAAAAUCUCAGUCCUCAGAGACGCACUGAAACCGCGGCUGUGUUCAGAAUAAAAUCAGCUGCUUUCUAAAGGACGACUAUCGCCACGCUGCAUGCAGAACGUACUGCUGCAUUCGACUUCUUUUUUCGACCAGUUCGUUUGUCACACUGUAAAGGGAAGGUCAAGUCAAGUGCAUUGCAUUGUGGGAUACAGUAUUCGGUCCAGUGAGUAGUGUAUAGCUGUAAUGCACAUUCUGGCUACUGUAGUAGCUGUACAAAAAAAGACACUGCAGGCGUAGUAUGAAUACACUCAGAAAAAAAGGUAAAAAAUUGUCACAGUGAGAGGAAAAACACCUUUAUUUACCCUUAAAAGGUAAAUGUUAGUACCUCAGAUCCUUUAACUUUUAGUUCUGUAGUAGGCUAGCAUGUUAUUUUGAACACAGCCCAGGUCAUUUCUAGUGUGUACUUCCUCCAGCCUACGAGAGCGAUUGUGUCCUGAUCGUGAGCUGUGUUUUCUGUCCUGUGUUCGGGGUGUGCGCGUGAGUGUGUGUGUGCGCGUGUGUGUGUGUGUGUGUGUGUGUGUGUGUGUGUGUGUGUGUGUGUGUGCGUGUGAGUAUGUGUGUGCGUGUGAGUAUGUGUGUGUGUGUGAGUGUGUGUGUGUGUGUGUGUGUGUGUGUGUGUGUGUGUGCGCGUGUGUGUUUGCGGGGGUUCAGUCAGCGAAAGUCGGGCAGAUUUUGAGCAAAGCUAUGCAGCCGUCUUCUUUCUCGCAGAGUUUUUGGUUUGGAAAAACCCAAAGAGCGAUUCGUUUUUUUUUUGUUUUGUUUUUUAUAUAUAUAUAUAUAUAUAUAUAUAUAUAUAUAUAUAUAUAUAUA